AAGGCGGCGGCCGGCGGGCAGCCGCGGACCGCGGUGCCGUGCCCAGCCGAGCAUGAGGAGGACAUGUAUCGUGCCGCGGAUGAAAUAGAAAAGGAGAAAGAAUUACUUAUACAUGAAAGAGGGUUAUCAGAAGCCAGAUUAAGUGUAGCUCCCGAAAUGGACAUUAUGGACUACUGCAAAAAAGAAUGGAGGGGAAAUACACAGAAAGCCACGUGUAUGAAAAAGGGCUACGAGGAGGUGUCGCAGAAGUUCACCUCUAUCCGGCGAGUCCGCGGAGAUAACUACUGUGCACUGAGGGCCACGCUGUUCCAGGCGAUGAGCCAGCCGGCGGCGCUGCCGUCCUGGCUGCAGGACCCGGAGCUCACGCUGUUACCGGAAAAGCUCAUGAGCAAAUACAACUGGAUCAAGCAGUGGAAACUUGGCCUGAAAUUCGAGGGGAAGAGUGAGGACCUGGUUGAUAAGAUUACGGAGUCCCUCGAGCUGCUCAGGAAGAAGUGGGCAGGCCUGGCGGAGCUCCGCAGCGCCGAAGCGAGGCAGAUGGCUUGUGACGAACUGUUCACAAACGAGGAAGAGGAGUACAGCCUCUACGAAGCUGUAAAAUUUCUAAUGCUAAACAGAGCCAUUGAACUAUAUGAUGAUAUAGAGAAGGGGAAGGAAGUGCCAUUUUUCUCGGUGCUUCUGUUCGCUCGGGACACAUCGAAUGAUCCUGGACAGCUGCUAAGGAACCAUUUGAACCAGGUGGGACACACGGGUGGCCUUGAACAGGUGGAGAUGUUCCUCCUGGCCUAUGCCGUGCGCCACACCAUUCGGGUGUACCGGCUCUCCAAGUUCAGCACGGAAGAGUUCGUCACGGUCUACCCCACCGACCCACCCCUGGACUGGCCGGUGGUGACCCUGAUCGCCGAGGACGACCGGCACUACAACAUCCCCGUCAGAGUGUGUGAGGAGACGAGUCUGUGAGACUCGCCUGGACAGCCCGGCCCCACGGCCAAGGUGCGCCGGCUGCUCCGGGCCGCAGCCCUUGGGUCUCAGGAUGGCCUGCGGGAACCGGUGGGGCCCGAGGGCCAAGCUGGACGGGGCUGUUCUGAAGACAGCUUUUGAUAAUAAGGAUUAACCAAGUGUUUCCCUCACCUUUGAUGCAAUACCUCUCCUCGGGGGCCCUCAGGGCACUUCUUUUGGAAGGUACAAACUACGUCUUCUCGUAACACAGAUCUUUUGUACCACAGGAGACUCUUGGAGAGGAAUGUGUUCUUUAUGUCUCAAAAAUCAAACUCUCUAAUGUAAACUCGCUCUCUGUUUUUUCUUAAGAUGGUCAUUUUUUGUUUUGGUGGCAACGGGCCUCUGGAGUGGCCGUCCUGUGCCGUGGCGGCUCACAUGGCACAACUCCGAGAUGGAGCCUGCGGGUGGCACGGCGCCCUCUGACAGUCCUGCUGAGCAGCGGUUUGGACACGUGAUCGUUAAAGCUGUCCUAAGCAGACUGUCUCCUACGAGAUUAAGCACUGGGUCCACAAAGAUACUUAAGGCUGGAGGAGGGGCCGCCGAGGGGCGUGGCGGCCCAGCACUCCCGACUCUGAGAGUGCGGCGGGGCCUGCCGCGCCUGGCCUGGUGCCUCCUGCAGGUGGCGCGCAGCCGGGUGAGCUCUGGCGUCGGGCCGUUGAGUUUUUUCCAUUUCACAGACGUGCCGUUUUAUGAUCAGAACGGAGCUGAGAUCCACCUGCCUUCUUAGACCAGGAAACGGAGGCUCGCUGAUGGUAGGCACUCGUCUGAGUUCAGAAGUGAGAGGGAGCUGGGUCUCGAUUUCCCUGUGAGCCCUUUCCAUGGUAUGGUUUUGAGGCUGUUUUCGCUGCCAAAUUUGAGUGCCUGCCAGGGGCUGGGCACUGACAGCAAAGAAUCUGGGAGAUUUCGGGAGUAAGAUGCAACAGACGUGUGUGCUAAAACUGCGUGCCGAAGGACGGCCACCCGCGACUGGGCUUGGGAAGUCUGAGGGAGGCAGGGACGUUCCUGGCUCUCAGCGAUUGCCCGCCCCGAGGCCUGGGGGUGACCGGGGUGGCGAGGGUCCAGACCAUCCACACGGGGUGUGAGCGGUGCACCUUGUUCGUAGUGCUGUACCAACGUUGUGGGGGUAGAGUUACUUGAGGUACCGAGCUUUAUUUUAUAGUAAUUACAGGCUUUAUUUGGUUCAGUUUUACAUAUUUAAUAAGCCAUCAAAUGUCUUUUGGGAGUGGCAAACCUUCUUUGAAAAUUUAAGUUUUGCUUUAUACUUAAAAAUUAAAAUGCUCAUGAGAAAACUCAGAGGACACACAAAACUAUGCAGACUGUUACAUUAAUGUUUCCACAUUACUUCAUCAGUAACUUAUGCCACAUUUUGUAAGUGUUCAUUAGAGUGUUUGCAUCACGUUCUGUUCUGAAUGUGUGUGAAAGCGUUGGAGAGGCUUCGUGGCUUUCACUGUGAAAUCGAUGGUACCUUGAAUAAGGAGAUACCUAGAAGCCAAAUUAAAGUAACAAUAAUGACUUCUUA